GGGAGAGAGAAAAAAGUUUAACUCAAAAUAUCGCAAAACCCUAAAAACUUUCUUCCUCCACUCUCUCAAUUCCAAACACUGCGACGGGAAGACAUGGACACGGAGACAGACCAAAUAUACCAGGUCGAUGUCGGAAAUCUUCUGGCUUUCAAUCCAAAUCACCGUUUCCCUUCUGCUCCUUCUACAAGGGAGGAGCUUGUGAAGGAGUGCAUUACGGAGGGAACCAAACUUGUUCAGGCGAUAGCUGAUAGUCUUUUCAACUUUCCAUCUACUGAAACUAGUGAUGGUCCCCUUGUCCAGUUGCCUCCGCCUACAACCAAACUUCCAAGAGAGAAACAUCUGCCGAGGCCUAAGCCUCCUACAAAGUGGGAGGAAUUUGCUCUUAAGAAAGGUAUACAGAAGCGCAAGAAGGACAAGAUUGUAUACGACGAACAAACCGAUCAGUUUAAGCGUCGUCAUGGUUAUGACCGUGUUAACGAUGAUAAUGAUAUCCCCAUUAUUGAGGCAAAGGCAACAGAUGAACCAGGAGAAGAUCCUUUUGCUAAGAGACUGGAUGAUAAAAAGAAGAGAGUUGGAAAGCAAGAAAAGAACAGACUACAGAAUUUGAAGACAGCUGCUAAAGCUGGUGCUUUACCGAGCCAUGUCCAACUUGCUGCAACCGCAUUGCCCAUAUCAGGCACCAAAGCUCAGCCAAAGAAAAUUGGGAAAGAGGCACUUGGAGACGUAGCAGGUUUAGCCGCUACUUCAACCGCUAGUGGUGGAAAAUUCGAUAAAAAGUUGCCUGGAGAAAAACCUCCUAAGAAGCAAGGCAAACAUCACCAAUAUUUACCGGUUGUGCCAAAGUAUGGGGUGGUUGACGAGGAAAAAGAACAGACAAAUAAAGUACUUAGCAAAAUCUUCUCGAAGCAUUCGCAUGAGAUCCUCAAUGUUGGCAAGGCGAUAAACAUGUACAACGACAAGAAGGAAAAGAAGAAGUCAGGAAGAUCAGACAAGCUGAAACCUAAGAAAAACAUCACCAAGAAGAAGCCUGCCAACAAAGCCUAGUGAAGAGAUUCCCCCUCAAUCUUAUUUACUUCUGUCUCUCAUAACAAAAACAAAUUUUGUGUUUCAUUUGCUCCUUCCUCUAUAUGUUAAGUAAUAUUUUAAUCUUUCUGAACACAUUGGACCAGAUACACAAGUUAAAGCUAGUAAGUUCGAGAAAUUAGUGUGAUU